CACCAACAAACUCUCCUCUUGCUCUUCUCUCUGCACAGGCAGACUUCUCCCGCUAGCUUCGACAAAGCAACUGAAUCUCAUACCAACCCAAAAACCGAAGAGACCUACACACAACACAAGCCUCGACUUAUAACAGCCGCUCCCUCCCACCUGUGACUUCUAUCAAGACCAGCUCGAGGCAUAAGGCAUCGAUUGCUUCAUCCUUACAAGAUAUCUUGCUUGGAGCAGCUCGCUGAAGAUGGCCACCGCCACUGUUUCUACCCCGUUGAAGUCCCACACCGGGCUCUUCUCCUCCCGCACCGCUGGCGGACGCAUGCCCCUCACCCCCUCGCCCCGCCAGCGUCACUCAAACCAGAACAUUGCCUCAUCCCCCUACACCCCAGAGCGCCGGGACUCCUGUCAUGAUGCAUUCAAGGCCCCCGCCCGGUCAACAUACGGCGGCAACCUGACCGCACACCUGACCAAGGCCGCCUCACACCGUGACUCUCCCAAAUCCAACAUUGCCCGUGGCGUUUCGACUCCCCGCAGGGCCCUGGAGCUUGGUGUCUCGGACUUCACCCUGACUGGUACCGGUGUGCACAACAAGACCCCUGGCAGCAACAAACACAAGAAGGCGAUCAGGCAGAAGGUUGCCAAGACUACGGUCAACUAUGCCGGUGACCGCUUCAUUCCUGACCGCGCUGCCAGCUCCGCCAUCUCCCACGGUGGGUCUGGCAAGCUGGACCGCGCAGAGCGGAGGCCCAAGAGCAGCUCCACCGUUGAGAGCUCAGGUGUUCUGUCCUCGGCUGCCGAUGAGGCCAUCGCCGCCCUGGAGGCGCUGAACAUUGGUGACGAUGAGGAGCCUGAGACCUACUCGAGGCCUUCCCCCAACACUGCCGCCUACCAGGACUCCCUCGCCAACGCAUGUGGCGUCAGCCUCAACACCCGUAUCCUGCAGUUCAAGCCCGCGCCUCCUGAGUCGUCCAAGCCCAUCGACUUCCGCCAGCAGUACAACAGGCCCCUCAGGGCAGCCAGCUCGAACCAGGCCCAGUCAAGGCGCCGCAUUGCCACCGCCCCUGAGCGUGUCCUGGACGCCCCUGGCCUGAUCGACGACUACUACCUGAACCUGCUCGACUGGAGCUCUGGCAACCAGGUCGCCAUUGGCCUGGAGCGCAACGUCUAUGUUUGGUCUGCGGAUGAGGGUUCGGUCAGCUGCCUCCUGGAGACGAGCCCCGACACCUACGUCAGCAGUGUCAAGUGGUCGGCUGAUGGCGCCUACGUCGGUGUCGGCAUGGGUACCGGCGAGGUUCAGAUCUGGGAUGUUGCUGAGAGCCAGAAGGUGCGCAGCAUGUUCGGCCACGACACCCGCGUCUCGGUCAUGGGCUGGAACAAGCACCUGCUGUCGACGGGCGCCCGUAGCGGCCUCGUCUACAACCACGAUGUCCGCAUCGCCGAGCACAAGGUGGCCGAGCUCGUCUCGCACACCUCCGAGGUAUGCGGUCUUGAGUGGCGCUCUGACGGUGCCCAGCUUGCCACCGGCGGCAACGACAACCUGGUUUCCAUCUGGGACGCCCGCUCCCUGUCGGUGCCAAAGUUCACCAAGACCAACCACAAGGCUGCCGUCAAGGCCCUGGCUUGGUGCCCCUGGAACAUGAACCUCCUGGCCACGGGCGGCGGCUCGUACGACCGUCACAUCCACUUCUGGAACUCGACCUCGGGUGCCCGCGUCAACAGCAUCGACACCGGCUCGCAGGUUACCAGCCUCCGCUGGAGCCCGCACUACCGCGAGAUCGUCAGCUCGAGCGGCUUCCCCGACAACUCGCUCAGCAUCUGGAGCUACCCGACCCUUGUCCGCACCGUUGAGAUCCCUGCCCACGAAAGCCGCGUCCUGCACAGCUGCCUCAGCCCCGACGGCCAGAUGCUCGCCACGGCUGCCGCCGACGAGAGCCUCAAGUUCUGGAAGAUCUUCGAGAAGAAGCCCGCUGGCAGCGCUGCGACCGGCCUCGGCGCCUCGAGCAAGGCCGACAUGGUCAAGCAGAUGACCAUCCGUUAAUAAAAGACGAAACACCCAACACUCGAUAGCACCCACCCAUUUUGUCAAGUACAACUUGAGGAAUUAGCAACCAGACGGUAAGUAUAAAUAUGUCACGGUUAUUGUUCCUGGCAAUCUCGGUUUUAUAUGGGCAGGGGCUCGGCGUCCAGGUCUGGGUAUCAAUAUCGAUCCCAUCAUCGUCUUUGGUCCGUUUCAAGCGCGGCGUUGGUUGAGUCUUCCAAAGGAUACCCCCUUUUGUUAAUCCCUCUCACAAACGACGACAACGAGGAAUUUGUUGUGGCAUGAAAUGGGCAGAUUGUUCACGCAGGGACGAAAGAAAGAGCUGGGCACGUUCAGGAGUUUUGAUUCCAUCUUUGUUUUUCUUGUUUUCACAGCAUGUUUGCUCAGCAGGUUGGCCAUUGAGCAUGGGUCAGGCACGGAGUUUGGGUUGGCAGGUUUUGCAUGUAACUCUUUGGUAAUUCUGGGAUAGGACGAGGAAAUAAGCAUAUGGAUGUAUAUAUCCGUGCUCUCUUGAUCAUUAUUGAUAUUUAAAUUCUCGUGAUUCACUGGAAUGCGAACAAAGACAAUCGCCCAA